GACAGUGAGAUGGUCCCCCUGGACUGCCUGCGUCCUCAUUCCUUUGCCUCUGCUCAGCGGAACAGCCAUGACCCACGCCUCUCCAUCAGCCUCUGCGACCUGAGCCUGCAGCAGCAAGACAUGCAUCUGGAGGAAGACGACGAGGAAGAAGAACAACUGCAGCCCCUGAGCUCCACCUCCUGCCACGUGCCCCAGAACUCCCAGAACUCGCAGCAGUGCUCGCUGCUGCCCGGUCACUUGGACACUGAUCUCCAUUUUCACACAGUACACGGCGUCCACAUUACUGCGCUGGAUAAGCAAACCGUCGCGCGGCUGGAUCACCGUGGCGACGAGAGGACCCUUGUGUUCACCAGCCGGCCAAUGCACUGUUCAGAAACCGUGUUCGUUAAGGUGAAAGCGGGAGCCGCUCGCCCCGCGUCCCUUUCUUUCGGCGUGACGUCAUGUGACCCGGCCAUCCUGAGGCCCAGCGAUCUCCCGUCCAACCCGGAGUCUCUGGUCGACCGCAAGGAAUUCUGGGCCGUGUGUCGGGUGGCAGCGCCACUCCACAGCGGAGAUAUUUUGGGUUUCAUGGUGAAUGCGGACGGAGAAGUCACGAUGAGCCACAAUGGAAGCGGUGCAGGCAUGCAGCUGUGUGUUGACGUCUCCAGGCCUCUCUGGAUGUUCUACAGUCUGCACAGUACCAUCACACAACUCAGGAUUUUAGGCACAUCCAUGCAUCCUGACCUCCGAGGCCUGUCUGUGCCCAGCUCCCCAUCAUGUACACCAAACACCCCCACAAUGCUCUGCAGUGGAAACUCCGAGUCCAACCUCAACACCUCAUUGAAUAUCAAUCUCAGCUCAAGCCCCCACUCCAACUACCACACUCUAUUUUCUUCCUCUGCAGGAACAACCCCCAGCUCUCCAUAUUCCAGCCAUCCAGAGUCCCCUACCUUUGCACCCUGCUCUGGAUCAUGGAGUGAUGAAUGCACCAUUUGUUACGAGAACGUGGUAGACACUGUCCUCUACGCCUGUGGGCACAUGUGUCUCUGCUACGCGUGCGGCCUGAAGCUCAAAAAGAUGGCCAACGCGUGCUGCCCCAUCUGCAGGAGGACAAUCAAAGAUAUCAUCAAGACCUACCGGAGCACGUAGGCCCUGUGUCAGUCAAUGUCAGGUUCAACAUUCUGAAAGCCAUGUAAACUUUGUACAGACACAGCAAGUGACUAACCUGCUCCUUGGUCUGUUUUCAAUCUGGCUCAGGUAGUGUCGAGCAGGAUGCGCAAACUCUAUCAUUAAAAGGUUAAAAAAAAAUACAGCAUAAUCACCAGGGCAAAAGCAUGCCACUGCUGUUUGUCUGGACAGGGAUCUGUCUAACCUCCUGUAGACCAACCCCAGUCUGCCAGUGAUAGCAUCCUCAAGGAAAGUACAAUUGUCCGGAGCUGGGGAAAAUAACAAAAAGAAUCAGCCCGUGGUUCCACCAGCUGCUCCUACACUGCUUGUCAGAGAGCAUCAAGUUAAAUAGUUGUUUCGCAGGAAAAAUCAAUUCCCUUCUGAAUCUAAAAGAAAAAUCAAGACAAGAUAGGUUUGUUUGAGAUUUCCAGAAGGCAUCCAGAUAACAGUGAUAAGUGAUGAAAACCAUGAAAGUGGUGUUUUGGUGAAAACACCUCUCCAGUAGUGACGCCCAGGAAAUCUUAAACCACAAAGGUAAAAAAGUCAUCUGGCGGAACCCCGAUGUGUAGAUGGUGCUGUAUUCUGGUGAAUAUCUCAACAGCAUCUUUAAUGUUUUUUUUUUAUAUUAAGGGUGGAUGGAACUGUGCAAAGGGUAAAAAUAAGGAGUGAACAUUGUCAUUACAGAAGGUCACACUUGUUUUACCGAAGGCGGAUGUGAAAAACUGAAGAUGGAGCUUGGGAGGGAGGAUGAUGUAUGUUUCAGACAGAGAAAAGGGAGGAGGGAGCGUCUUUGUUAGGUGCCUGUUUCGGUGUGAAGAACGUGUUUGCUCACUCAGAUGUCUAAAAGCAUGUUAUGCUACUUGGCGGCCGUGCCCACCAUCUCUGGCUACUCAGGAAGCCUUUAGGAUGCUGUAAUUGCACAAAAAGUAAUCCAAACAGACAAUGGUAAGCAGUGAAGUAUUUUUCAGAUGCUGAAAAAAGCUAAUUAGGAUGAUGAUACGACAUCUUCAUUACUACAAAAAUCUCCUGAACCAAAAUAGAUGUGCUUACUUUAGCUUGGAAACGUAUCUUUUGUAUUUUUGUUAAAUUAAAACAGGAAUAUUAAUUAUGGUGUUUUUAUGUGUAGGGAGUGUCAAGGUUAAGAAAAAUCCCAAAAGUUGUUGACAGUGGCAAAGAUAUAACAUCUUAUUGUCAGAUGAAAUGAGGACUUACAAGAUUUUGAUUGUUCCUUUAAAAAUGGGAUCUGUUAGAUAGAGAUGUGGUGUCUCUGAGCACAUUUAACUUUGCUUAUAUGAAUACAGAGCCAUCUUCCUUUGAGUGGAAGCAAACACAUUGAUGUGCUUGAUAUCUUUGUACAUAUAAAGCCACAGCUAAAAUGAAAUGUUGAAAAAAAUUGCCUUUGCCCCAACUGUCACUGCAUUGCUUAGUACUGGAAUUUUUUCUGUGAAUGUGGAGAGAUGCUGAGCUUUUACAUUUGUACUUGUUUUUUUUCCUCCUGACCAAUAUGACUUUGAUAUUAUAAUACAUUGUGGCGUAUGUUUGAUAGAAAAAUAGUUGGAGAGUAAUCUUGACUGUACAUUUUAAUUUAUUUGUUGACGCUGUUAUGCACAGCUGUCCCUGUUUGUUUCUUUUGAGGGGCUAAUGUGUCCGAAAUUGGUGAAUACUGUUUAUUUUAUGGUUGCAUAAUCAAAGAUCAUAGAAGACUUUAUUCCUUGAGAGGAUGUUUGUCACUUAAAUAUUUCCAUAUUUAGGGAACUGCUCAUCCACUUUGUGUCGUGGAGUUAAAUAGCAGAACGAAACUUUUUGUUUUACCUGAGCGUGUCAGAAACAUACUUCUGCUCCACUACAUGGAGCUAUAUUAAAUUUCCAUUGUUUCAUGUUGGUGUCACACUUGUUGUUAGUCACUUAGCAGAAUAAUCUUUUUCACAUUAACAUUAAUAAUUCGUCACAUUGCCAAAACAUCGUUUGGACAAAAUGCGGAAGCUGUUAAAAAGGAAAAUUGACAUUUACAUGAUUGACAUGUAAAUCAAUGGUACCUUGUAUGUGCUUAAAAAAUGGAACAAAAGAAUAGCUCAAACUCUGUAACCUCAUUUUGGUUUUGAUUGCAGUAACAUUUCCAAAAACAGUUCUGAGAACACAAGAAUACAAAUUUUGCAUAUUUGUGCAAAUGUUUUGUUGCCUAAUUAGGAUCUUUGCCAGCAAGCUUGGCAUAAAAUGAGGAUAGAGAAGGGAAUUUUUUUAUGUGAAAAGCUCUGUAAUUUAAACAUUUUAAUAUUUAAGAAAAUUUCUCCAUUUAUAGUGCUAAGAAUAUGGAAUUGUUAAUAUUGAGAGUACAUAAUAGAGAAAUAUCACCCUCUAGUGACCCUGUAUUACAAACUAGGUUGUUCAGUCGAAAGUAUUGCAGGAUUUUAGAAACUUUUUUUUUCAAAACACCAGAAGUUGAAUCUAUAUUGUGUGUAAGUUAAAACUCUACCAUCCAAAGAUAUGAACAAGAUCAGCAAAUAAAGCUGUGUUCUGUGGCCCACCUGUAGGUCAAAUUUAGAUUAUUGAGUUUUCAAAUAAAGGAUUUUGUUUCCUCAGGAAAAAAGAGAGAGGGAAUACUCUGACUUGACCUUUACACAUAGUAAUAAUGAUUUUUUUCUUUUUUUUAAAGAAACACUGAACCAUCCAGCCAGCCAACCAUGGAAACCAUAUAGCAUUUGUUUUCAGGGUCCAUGAAGUUCUGCAACCUCUGCAGUGGUAUUUUGUAUCGUGUUGAUAUGAUAUAUACUAGGUUCAUAUGGAGCCCUCAUUUCACAGCCAUGCUAAGCAGGGGUUUUGGAGUAGAGUAUUUCUGCAAUCCAGACAACCCUGUCUGAGUAGGGUUUUUUUUCUAAUUUUCCUCCAUUUCACAUUCGGCUUAAAUUAACUACACGGGUAGAUUUGUUUGCACUAAACCGAUGGAAAAUUAUAACUAAAGAUCUCUUUUAGGAGAUGAAUAAGUGUUGUUUCCAAAAUAACAAAUUGGCUGCCUCAACAAACACUCGGAGUUGUCUUGAAAAAAAGAGGUGGUGCAACACGGUAAUAGAUUCUCUUCCUGAGUUUCAACAUGUUGCUGGCACUUCAACUUGAGUAGAUCAUUAACUUGUUGUCUUUGUGGAAUUGAAAGGAUUUGCAAACCACGGUAUUCUGUUUGGUUUACAUCUUCAGCAUCCCAUUUGUUUUGGAAAUAGUAUUGUGCAAAGCAGCAGAAAAAAAGGAUUCAUCCCCAGCAACUUCAAACAUAACAGUUGUUUAAUUUAUUCAAAGCUUUCACCCUGCAGUCAGCUAAGAUACAGUAAUUCAAAAGCUGGAAACAACAGGCUCCCUCGGCUCCUUUCAAAGGAUAAUCCAAAAAAUUGUGCCUAUUACCUUCGAUAAAACGGUCAAUUGUCACAUGUGGGAGAUUACCAAAAGACUGAGCAGCACUUGAAGGCGGAUAGUGGUGACUUUGUACAGGCUCAAGUCAGCUGCAUCUUUCCUGUUUAUGCACACAAAUCAGAUAACAUUUUUGUGACAUCACAUUUAGUUGUUUUAACCACUUCUGAAUAAAAGGGUUUCUCAAAAUAUCAAAUAUCAAUUACAUCAAUCCUUACCUUAAAGUUACUUGUGCAUUAGAGAACCAUUAAGUUUAAAAGAGUUUGCUUUCCAAAUGUGACCAAAUUUCUCAGUUCAACCAAAAAAUUAGUCGGUUAUGGAGGGCAUUGUCUGUUGGGCAAUAAAUAACUUUGGUUUACUGGGCUUUUCGUAUCUACCAGUUGUCUAAACAUUAUUAAUA